AUUUUUUGUGACGUCACGGUCCGGCGCCUAAAUAUUUCCCCCCUCUGUCCGGAACUACAGCAACUCUUUUUCGAGUCUGUUUUUUCAUUUGUAUUUUUUCAUCUUAAACUUAUCUUCGGUGACUGGACACACGGAGCACAUUUAAACAAAAACGACAUCUGCAGAAUGGCGUCCCCCCACGAGCGCAGCGGGAGGGUUGAGGACGGCGAGGACGACCCCGUGGACCGCAUGAUCUCCCGCACGGGCUGCGCCGAGCUGCACUACGCCGUGCAGGAGUGCAUGGCCGAGCGCCAGGACUGGCGGGCGUGUCAGGACCACGUGGGCGCCUUCAAGGCCUGCAUGCUGGACUACCAGCAGGCGCGCGCGGAGGAACUGAGGCAGCGGCGGCGGCGGCCGGCGAGCACGGAGACCACGCCCGGCUAAGAGCGCCAACACACUCUGGAGGUGUGUUUAUUUGAAUCACUUUACGCUGCGUCGCCACAAUAAAGUACCGUAUCAUCCAGGCUGGUGCUGGUUGUCUUGGCAACGCACAAUAGCCAAUCAAAGUUGACCACUUUUGUGGGAAAAGUCGGUUGUUUGCGAAGUCGCCACACUAUUUUGUUGUACCAUUUUUUUUUCCUAUUAAAAAAAAUCAUAGUUUUGAAAGUU